AUGGAUCUCCUCCCAUCUAUAGGAUCUCUUUGGGUCAUCGGAUCAAUAGUCAUAGCCGGCACUGGUAUACUUAUUACCCUCGCUCAAAUAUUCAGCAUACCGAUUCUUCCCAUCCUCACGCCUCGCGGUCGAAAACUUUCAACUGCCCGAACGCCCCCACGCUCUUUCUCCCCAGACAAAAAGCCAGCAACUAGUUCAGCCUCCUCAUCUAAUCAUGCUAGCAUUCUCCCGCCCCAACGCAGACAAGCACUCAAGGAUUUCGGAUGCGCAGCAGCACUCUGGCGCGAUGUGAGCGAAGAUCAAGUACGCCGAAACCUCUUGCCCAUGAGCGCCGACUACAGGACCAGCCUCAGCGACAAGUAUACGCCGAUGGGAUUCUCGGUGAAGGAAAUUGAAGGUUUAGCAGAGUUCCCUGACUACGCGACUCUUUCUGGAGUUCCACUCCCCAGCCCAUAUCCCGAGUUUGAUAUCGCCAAGGCACUACCUCGGCCAUAUCGUCCCUUCCGAUGGGCGUACCAUCAGACCAUGUCCCUUACAAAACUCGAGACAGAUUGGUGGAUCGAGCUAGAAAACACAUACACGAGCCGCAUCGCCCAGCGCAAAGAACUAUACGCUAAGAAUGGAAAACAGGUACUUGACGCGAUGCCUGGCUCUGAAUUAGCCUGCAAAGAGCUCAUGGAGAUGGUCUUGCAAUUUGUCUGCGCUCGAUAUCCUCAGUAUUUUACACUCGUGGACAAACGAAUCUUGCAAAACAGAAUUCUCGGCACCGAGCAAGAUGUCACGGCUAAGCCUCCUCUCGAGGUACUUUUGGACAAUGUCCCAGAAGAUUUCGCGAUUAUGCUUCGCGACGAAACCACAGGACAAUAUUUCCUGCGAGCAGCAGUGAUAUGCUCGGCGAUGGGAUGGAACGUUGCGUCCAAGGUGGGAAAGCAGCUGCAUGAGAUUCAUGAGCCGAUUCCCGACUACAAGGAGAAAAUGCAAUUCUCCAUGGAUCGGUUCUUCACAAAGAUGCCGACUGAAAAGCCGAUUCAGCGAGGCUCAUGGGGCCUGGAAGUAGGGCAGCCCUUGUACAUGCCUCCGGGUGAUCCUCAUGAGCGGGCCAGAUUGUCCCAAAGAAGUGACUUGACUCUCGAUGAAUGCCAUUUGCGAGUCGACUGGCAGACAUUGAGACGUUUGCCUCUAUCCGGAGCGGUGGUCUUCAACUUCAAGGCCCUUUUCACCCCCUUGGAAGAAUUCCGCGACGAACCUGGAGUCCCGGAGUUGGUGAUGAAGGUCGUUACGGAAGGAAAAAGGAAUUUGAUGGAGUAUAAAGGGGUUUGGCAUGUACAGCAUGUUAUCCUCCCGAACUUGAAGCUAUGGGCCAAAGAGCAGAGGGAGACUGGGCUGGUCCCAGAGGACUGGGAGGUCGCUACUCUAGAUGAUAGUCCAUGGUUCAAGGGCUGGCGGGAGAAGUGGCAUCGCCAGCAAGGGUUUUAA